AUGGAGGCCGUGGGAGUGCUAAUGACCUGUCCCAUGUUAACCUAUCUCGAACAAGAACUCGAAAAGCGCUUCACACUCUUCAGAUUCUGGGAGUCGCAUUCCAAAACCCAGUUUUUGGAACAAAACUCUGAUUCAAUCGUCUCAGUGGUAGGCAACGCUUCAUUUAAUGCUGACUCGGACCUGAUUGACGCACUGCCGCAUUUGCAAAUCGUGGCGAGUUACAGCGUCGGGGUGGACAAGAUUGAUUUGAAUGAAUGUGAAAAAAGAGGGAUCAGAGUUACAAACACGCCUGAUGUUCUAACUGAAGAUGUUGCUGAUACAGCAAUUGGAUUGAUAUUGGCGACUUUGAGGAAGAUUUGUGCUUGUGAUGGGUUUGUGAGAAAUGGAUCCUGGAAAAAUGGUGAUUUUGAGUUGACUACUAAGUUCAGUGGUAAAGCAGUUGGCAUAGUUGGAUUGGGCAGGAUUGGUUCAGCCAUUGCCAAGAGAGCCGAAGCUUUCGGCUGCACCAUCAGUUACCACUCCAGAACCAAGAAACCAACUACAAAUUACAGAUACUAUUCCAACAUCAUCAAUUUAGCUGCCAACUGUGAAAUCCUCAUUGUGGCAUGCUCUUUGACAGAAGAAACCCACCACUUUGUGAAUCGAAAGGUCAUGGACGCUUUAGGACCGAAAGGUGUUCUCAUCAAUAUUGGAAGAGGUGUACACGUUGAUGAACCCGAACUUGUGUCUGCAUUACUCGAAGGACGGAUAGCUGGAGCUGGACUCGAUGUGUUUGAGAACGAGCCUGAGGUACCUGAACCUUUUCUUGGACUCAAAAAUGUUGUUCUUUUGCCUCAUGUUGGAAGUGACACAUUUGAAACUAGCAAAGUCAUGGCUGACCUAGUCAUCGCAAACUUGGAGGCUCACUUUCUACACAAACCUCUAUUAACUCCAGUGAUUUGA